AAAAAAUAAUAUGUUUAUAUAAAAAUACAAUGUAUCUGAGCGAAUUUGUACAUAAUACAAUGUAUUUGUAUCAUUGUAUGUGACUAAAACUGGUAAAAUUUGGCGCUUCUGAAACAUAAAAACCGGAAUUUUCUCUUGGAGUCAUCGGAAAACCCUCAAAAGCUCAGUUCAGAUGUGGUCCACUCCGUGCUUGAUCGAAACAAAUUGGUUGUUAACUCAAAACGCCUGAUUGACAUCUUCGACUAGUCAAAUCACAAAUUGGGUGUGACUCAACACAUUGAUUCUUUCUCUAUUCUUGUUUGACUUUAUGCAAUUCAAAAAGUAUUGCAGUAUCCGUGUAGAGGAAUCCAUUAUAAUAUCCAACAUAGAAGAAAGCCGCAGUCUCUUUCUUUCUAAUAUAGCAGCAGUACAAACCCAUUGUAAAUAUCCGGCAUAGAAACUAAGCAGUGCAAAUCCAUUACAAUAUCUGGCGUAGUCGAAGAGAGAGAGAGAAAGAAGAAAAUUUCUGUUGGGAUUUUGAGAGAGAAUUGUGUGUUAGUGAAAGAAAGAGAGAGAAAAAAUAUAAAUUGCGUAUUUCACGUCUCAAUUGUAGUAUAUACCAUAAAUAUCUAUUUUGGUAUAAAAUAUAAAAAGUAGCUAUGGAAAAUAAUAUUUUAAAAUAAUUUUGAUUUAUAAUAAAUAUGGUGUAUACCUUACUAUAAGAAGUAAAAUUUCCAUAAGUUUAUAAUGUAGUCUAAGAUGGGAAAAAAUCCCCAAUUUUUACGUUAUUUAUCCAUUGGGCUAAAUGAAAUCCAUACAAGACGGCCCAAAAAGACGCACAACAAAAUUUCAAUUUUCCGCCGAAUCAAAUCAAUGUUCAAAGCAUGUCUUCAUCUGAACUCAACUUUCCCGCCUCUCAAAACCCUAGCAGCAAAUGGCGAUUCACAUGGGAAGCUCAAUCACACGUUUCAACUCUUCGAUUAAUCCUUUUCAAUACCAAAUUCAAGCCCUCUUCUCAAUGCAACAAUAUCAGUAUCAACUUAUAUGUGGAGCAAUCUCUGCUCACUAUCAGCUUUUUCGAACCGGAACAAAAACCCGCGACUUUAAUUAGGGUUCCGCUUCCUCGGGUCUUAAUUGACCCGGAAUCUCCGGUUCAUUCUAGAGCGUUUGAUGAUCAUAUUGAAGUUAAACUUUCUCUUCUUAUUCCUGUUGAUCAUCCGCUCAUGUCGGGCUUGGAUUUAUCUGAACCAGAAGGAAAACCGGCCUCAGAUACGUUGUUUCCGUUCUCCGUGAAUUAUGAAAUGAAGGAGUUAUCUGCGAUGGAGGAAGUCCACUUUUACUGCAGAAGUUGCUCGACUAAGUUAACCAGGGCUAUCAGAUUAUUUAAUGAGAUGCCAUCAGUCGACUGGCAAGAUGUUGCAGACAAUUGGUUUGGGACAUGUUGUUGCUCGUUUGGUGGUAUAAGUGAAAAGCUGGUCAAGGAAUUUGCAAAGUCAUAUUCUUGUACAACAGGUGUUUGCCUUAUAACUGGCGCAUCUGUUAUUAUAUGCAAAGAGGACAUUGUUGGAUGUGAAUUUCCUGAGCCGAAUAGGGACCAAACUUAUGAUUCUCAGGUCAAUUCAGCCGAGACGACUUGUUUAACCAGAGAUGUACCCUGCAAAAGUGAACAAUCAAGAAAGGUCUGCUUCAACUAUCCAGGCGCAGGAGAGGUAGUUGAUGAGAUUAGCAGCGGUCGCCCUAUAGAAGAAAAUAUUGGGGUGAAACAAAACAAUGAAGUUGCUGAAAUGGUGUUAAAUGGUGAUAGUUCAACAUGCAUGCCUUUAAAGUUGAAGGACGAAGACAAUAUGAAGUCAUUGGCUGGAAUUUCUUCAGAAGCAAACUGCCACACUAGAAACCAGAACGAUGGCUGUUGUACAAGCAAUAUGUGUGAAAUGGAGAAAGAAUAUGAAUUGAAUAUUGAACUCCUAGAUAAGCAGAAGAUAUUUCUUAAAGGCUGCCUUGGGGAUGCUUUUAUGUUGAGACCUUCCAAUCUUUCCAAUGAUGUCAAUUGGAUUGAAUUUCUCUGUCCUAAAUGUUCAUCUAUUAUAGGAUCAUAUCCUUUCUCCAGUGAUAUUGCACCAUUGGAUGAUGGAAUUCGGCUAUACAAAUAUAACAUAUCUACUUGUUUGCCUAUUUGUGGGGUGAAUGAUCUGUUUAGGAACUAUACGUUGGAAAGGAUGUUUACACGUCAACUGCUUGAAGCUGCACAAGAUGAACUAUCAUUUCGGACUGUUGUCAGAGAUAUGCACACCAAAAGUCCACUUUCACAAAUUGUUCUCCUAAACCCAAAUGCAUGGUGCUAUAGUGGAUGUUGCAUGCAUGACAUGGAACCAGCUGCUAAGAUCAAUAUGUACCCGAUUGUCAAGCUAUUAUUCUCUGCGAACAUUAAGGGCAUGGAACUUGAACCCAGGAAAGUAGAAGAAUGGGUGACCAAGAAUCAAACAGAUGAAGUUUAUAUGUUGCCAUCUCAAGUGACAGAACUAAUUACAAACUUGGAGAUGGCAAAUAAAAUGUGGCCACCGUCACAUAUGCUGUUGCAGGGUUUCUAUAUGUCAUCCUUGAAGAGAUAAACGGCAAGUCGUUUCAAUUUCACUCUGACAUUCCUUGUAAUCGAGGAGGAACAACACUCUUCGUAUGUAAAGUGCAUGUUCCGUCAUUACAAGCAUUGGCCUGAAACAGUGAUCUCACUAAUUGAGCAUGUUAACACCCUAGCCUUACUGGUAAGCUGUAAGUUUUGACAACCCCUCACCAAAUUGUACCAAUUUGUGUAUUGUGAUUGAAUAAUUAAUAGAUACUCCCUUGGUUUACAUGAAGUAAUAAUUUUCGAUUUUUAAAUUA